UUUUUUUUUUGUGACUGGAAUUCCGAAAAGGGAGAAGAGGAGAAAAUCCUUCUCAACCAUGUUAGGCCAAGAUCAUAAUAUGAGAAUGAGAUCUCUCGAUCCGUCUCCUCAAGUUUAUUCCCACUCGAGAUCAAGAACGUCUUCCUCCAGCGUAUUCCCACAAGCCUUCACUCCAAUGCAGCAUCUGCAACAACCGCAGCCCUCUAUGGGCCAUACACGGCGAUCCCCCUCCGUCAAUACAUUCAGCACCACCUCCAGCAACACCCCACCUGCCGCCUACCGAACGUCGCCUACUGCCGAUAUUCGACGUAGCACGUCCUCGAGAUCAGGCGGCGGUCCUUCGACAAGCUAUGUCGCCUUACUUCGAAAGCAAAAAGCCACCGUAUGGUGCGAUCGGUCACAGUCAGAAGACCCGCGACUCCUGGCUCAACAGCGUUUGGCGAAACAAAGGGCCAAUCAAGAAGUCACUGGCGGUGCAAUGCAAAGCCGCACUUCGACCGGGAUAGGAAGCACUGGCGGCAAGGUUGCCGCUAAGAUCCGCCAUCACGGCAAGCCUGGAGUGGUAGGGUACACACCCGACAGCAAUUAUAUGGGAGUCAGCGGAGUACCGAUGCGGUUGAGCGCUACCGAGGUUGAGGGCGAAGACGGCGACGAGGAUGACUUGUCGAUGCGCCGCCUGCAUCACCGUAGGACGGGUAGCAGCGGGCGUAGUAGUACUGCCAGCAGCAGACGAGGCCUCACAUAUCGUACUUCUGGUGCUUCUCAGAACAGCAAGAGAUGGAGUCCUGGUAAUACCCCGGAACGCGCAGGCAGCAUGGUUAUCGAGGACCCUGAAUAUAUUCCUGGGGACGACAAGUUGGAGCGACCGCAGAGCACUCGAAGUGGGAGUAGCGCGGAGAGGGCUGAUGCUUUACCCGAACUCGGUAGCGUUAGCGCCGCUAAGCUUGCGAGUAAUAGUCUGAUGAACGCCGCACUUACGAGAGAGAAGAGCGUCAAGAACCCAGAGGACCUUCGACGCCGGGGUAGUGUGGACGAGCGUACGAUGACCCUUACAAGCGGGCGAUUAUUUAUUGCCAACCCCGAUUAAUAAGGCAGACUUUUAUGUUAUGUCCUUUUUACUAUCUUCGCAUUUCAUUUGGACGGUCAAGAACACUGCGGUGUAUUGGGGCCAUAUCGAAGGAUAUCUUGCAUUGCAACGGCGUUUAUUGGGUUUUGAAACGGAAGAGGUCAUCCUCAGGGCAUAUUGAAACCUUUAGGAACAAAGGCUAGCCCUUCAUACGGUCGUUCAUGGUUUUGUUGGUUCAGUUUUGAUUUUUAUCUUCGGAGCAUAUACCCUCGCUAC